UAUGGUUCUACUUCCCGUCUCGGUGCUUUCCUCACAGUAUGUGUGGGUGACGCCACCGGAAGCAGGGGGUGAGACCCAGGUUGAAGAGGAAGUAGAAGUCGCCGGGAGGCUGGAGGAACGAGAGGAGCAGUAAAGAGGAAGAGAUGAGCAACCCAGGGGGGCUGGUAACGAAUCGUGGACGGCGUUUCAAAUGGGCCAUUGAACUGAGUGGUCCAGGCAGUGGCAGUAGGGGCCGGAGUGACCGGAGCAGUAGCCAGGGAGACACCCUCUAUCCUGUAGGCUACUCAGACAAGCAGGUGCCAGACACGAGUGUGCAGGAGACAGACCGCAUCCUAGUGGAAAAGCGCUGUUGGGAUAUUGCUUUAGGUCCCCUGAAGCAGAUCCCUAUGAACUUGUUCAUCAUGUAUAUGGCAGGCAACACAAUCUCCAUCUUCCCCACCAUGAUGGUCUGUAUGAUGGCCUGGAGACCCAUCCAAGCUCUCAUGUCCAUUUCUGCCACCUUCAAGCUUCUAGAGAGCUCCAGCCAGAAGUUCCUGCAGGGUCUGGUGUAUUUAAUUGGCAAUCUCUUAGGGCUCGCCUUGGCCGUUUACAAGUGUCAGUCAAUGGGACUGCUGCCCACUCAUGCCUCCGACUGGCUGGCUUUUAUUGAAUCCCCUGAGCGCAUGGAGUUCACAGGUGGGGGUCUAGUUUUAUGACCUAACCCACUCCCAGAAAUCAACUGCAGCUUGAGACCACCACAAAAUGUAAGAGCUGCUCUUUGGGAUAUAGUGAAAUAUGUAAGAACAGAAGGACUGAAUUGCUCUGCAUGGGAAGGAAUAGGAGGCUAAUUUGAGUGGAAUAUCCAUCCUGAGAAGUGGUGUGUGGGUUCUUGUUUCCCCUCCUUAUUGUAAUCUAAAUAAAGUGUGCUAAGUGUA